AACUCUUCAUUCCUUCCUACCUUUUAAAAACCUCUCUCUCUCUCUCUUGAAAGACAGUCAAAGAUUUACUAAAACCACUGUAAAAAAACUGCAACACCAAAGCAGCUCAUCAAUGGCGGAUCAGUACGAAACCCAUCGCCAUAAUCAACCAACAAUCCCAAAGGAGACGGCCCUUCAAGCCCUCAACACCAUAAUCCAACUCCACUUCGAGAAAACUCUCGAGAAGAAGCGCUCCAUCGACCUCCAAAAGAAAGAGCUCCACAAGCUCUUCCAGCUCUUCUUCAUCUUCUUGGGCCUCGUCUUCCUGGCACAGGCCCAGCCCAACGGCCGCCUCCAGUGCCGCCACUGCUGGGUCCCCAUCCUCCUUCUCUCCCUGGCCCACCUCAUCUUCUACGUCUCAGUUGCACAGACCCUCCGAUGCAUUAACGGCUUCAAGUAUCAACGGCGCUGCCACAAGCUUACUCUGGGACUGGCCACAGAGAAGCUGAGGGAGAUCAAGAUGAGGAUGAGUAGUGCUGCUGGAGGUGGGGACCACUUUGAUGGGGGUGAGGAUAGUUUUGAGAUUCAUUAUCAGGAACCUCCUGAGAGUUAUUUUGGUAAGUUUAAGAGGAACUGGGCUUUGCAUUUUGGAUUCUUGAUCUUGAUCUACACUUUUAUGGUUUCUUCUUCCGUUGUUCUUCUUUGUUUUUAGUUCUUUUUUUUUUUUAGAGAGUAAUUAGAUGGAAAUUAGUCAUUUAUUGUUGUUGGGUUGAUUUUGAUUUUGGGGUGUGAAAUGAAUUUUUUUUUGGCGUUGUUUUUCUCUUAAUUCCUCAAUCACAAAUGUGCACAAAUGCCUAGUUUUAGUCCUUU